AUGGUUGAAUCACUGUAUAGCCAAAGAUCUGAUCGCUUGCCAUUUCUCCUGCAGUCUCUACACCAUCUUGGCCACUUGCGAAAACCCCAAUUCAAGUUCCGCUUCAGAUCGCAUGAAAUCGCUGUUUCCAAAAUGCCCCAUUCCCUGUCGGGUCGGCUUUCUGGCACAAAAAUUCUAAACUACUUGUAUGCACAGCAUUUCUGUUCUUCAUCGGACAUCAACAACAGACGUCUCAUCCCUCCGACAGAGAUAGGCUUUCGCCUCGCAUGCCCUGAUUUAUCUUUCCGCUUCUUCUGGAAGGCCAAACUGCGUCGCGCACUCUUGACGGUCUGGCCAUCUCGCUCUGCUGCAUUCCUGCCGCUCAAGCCAACCUGCAGUCCCACCAAAGCCCAACCUUGCUUAUCCUACCGCCACCCACCUGCCUCCUGUUGCCACCAGGCUUUGCCUACUCCCUGUAUCUGCCGCUCUCUCACCCUGGCAGCUACACUCGGGCCUACUUAUUGCCCGGCCGGUAUGCUCUCCGCCCGCGCUUCUGCCAGCUCGGCCGGCCCUGUUCAACUCGAGUAG